AUGGCGGACCCAAAAGGGUACAGGGCGAUUCCCAGGAUGGGGAUCACAAAUGCGAUAAGGUUCGCAUGGAGGGAGAAGGAGAUGGAGCCCUUUGGAAGGGAGACUUUCGGGAGGACCAUACUGAUGGGGGUCCUGAAGCUGGCGGUAAAAGACGUGCUGUGCCUCCAGGUGAAUCCCCUAGAAGGGGCCUAUGAUGUGGUGUUGCACACAGAGCCGAAGCAUGACGAGGUUAUGGGAAGGGUAAAGGAGAUCGAAAUGCUAGACCGAUGUGCCACUAUGAGUGGCAAGCCUGGCGAGGAACAGCUUCAGGGUGGUGACUGUCAACAUGUAUAAUCUGCAUGUGAAGGAAGAGGAGGUGAGGGCCUUUCUGGGGAGAUACAUGGACAAUGUCUCCUCAGCAAGGCUCCUCAAGGACACGUUAGGGUUCUGGAAUGGGAGGAGGAGUUUCCUGGCCUUAUUGAAGGAAGACCCAGGGGGCCUGGGGGGGUACCUUCAUCCUCCAGUGCUGUUCUCCCUGGGGGCUGAUAGGGGGCCAUUAUUUUAUGCCCGUCAGCCUCCAUUCUGCAGGCGCUGCAUGAAAUAUGGUCAUAAUUUCGCCUCAUGUGGAGGGAGGAAAUGCAGGGUGUGUGGGUCAGGGGCGCAUGAGGCAAAAGACUGUGACGAGUCGAAGAAAUGCCACGGGCGUGGAUCGUCUGCACACGUAUGGAGGGACUGCAUGGCUUGCCACAAGUCGUAUGCAGCGGCUGCAGGGGGGGAGCAGGUGCAGGAUCGGGGAAAGGAGGAGGAAGAGGAGAGGGAGUUCCAGACCCGAGCAAAGGGCCAGAGGGAAGCCCAGCUGCAACGGAGGAGGAGCCGGGAAAAGCAGCGGGAAGAGAGGAGGACUGGCAGAGGACGGCCGGAAAAGGGCCGGAAGGAGAGGUGGGACCGGGGACAGAGACGGAGGGGAGAGUGGGAGAGGAGGUGCCGGAUCGGAAGGAGACGGAGGGAGAGGAGGACGGGGAGGAGCCAGCCACGGCCCCAGUAG